UUUUUUUUUGUUUGUGUUUUGUUUUUCUAUUUGUGAGGAAAUCUACCACUGUCGAAGACAGAUAAAAUACAGCAAAGACAAGAUGUGGUAUUUGGCAAAAUUGAUACGAGGAAUGUCCAUUAACCAAGCUUUGGCUCAGUUGGAAUUCAGUGACAAAAAAGGGGCUCAAAUAAUUAAGGAGAUUCUCUUAGAAGCACAAGAUAUGGCAGUGAGAGACCACAAUGUGGAAUUCAGAUCCAAUUUAUAUAUAGCUGAGUCCACCUCAGGGCGGGGCCAGUGCCUGAAACGCAUCCGCUACCACGGCAGAGGUCGCUUUGGGAUCAUGGAGAAGGUUUAUUGCCAUUAUUUUGUGAAGUUGGUGGAAGGACCCCCUCCUCCACCUGAGGCACCAAAGACGGCAGUCACCCACGCCCAAGAGUAUAUUCAGGAGCUUCGCAACCGGACCAUCAUUCAUACUCUAUGAUGGGAGAAUUCAAACUCCACAGUGUAUAUAUUUUGCCAUUUCUUUUCUAAAACAAACAAAUAUUAAAGACAGAUGUAUUUUA